AUGAGUAGUUCUUGUAAUCCAGUACGACUGUACUGUCACGGAAUGAACACUGCCACUCCCCGUGAGUACAUCACUCUGCCAGCAGGACCUGACAAAAACUUCGCCAGUUUUCACAGGGGUAGGCUGCUCAACUUUGAGACCUGCUCGGGCUCAAUCAACCCUGAACCAAAGCUGACCGCGAAUUAUUGGGGAACAACAAGGUAUAGAAAGAAAACUGUAACUUUUUUGUCCCAUACAUUUGUCAUGACCGUUUCAUCUUUCUCGACACUUUUGUUAUAAGCAGUCCUGGUUUUGUUGGUUUGUUUGUUUGUUUGUUUGUUUGUUUGUUUGUUUGAUACUGUAGUUCGAAUCAAUUGUCAACCCAGACCAUAGUUAAUAGAGGAGACUGGUUAUGAAAGGCGGAGAACAUCAAAGAUAGACACAACAGUGCUGCAGUUACACAAACCUUUUUGUUGUUGUUGUUGUUGCUCACAAAUUGUAAUGGAAUAUAAUAAUGCGACGCUUUUGUUGGUCAGUAAGAUCAAAAUGUUAGGAAUGCUAUUGAAUCUUGUUCACCGUCAAGUCCACAAAAACAAAUAACCAAGGAGUCUGACGGGUUUCAUAACCAUUCCACUCUAUUAACUAUGCCCAAACGGAAUAAACAAGAUGAAAGUUUGAAUAUCUUAAGGUAUCAUCCAGGGUAAAAAAGUCAUCAUUUUUCGAAAUUUUCAAUUUUUAGAUGAUUAAGUAGAGCUCAUCAAGAGCUCCCUUUUAAAAAAAAUUCCAGGAAAACAUGUUUUUUCUGUGCAGACUUAUGGAGCGCAAAAGUUUUUUCUAUGCUAAUUAUCUUACUUGCUCGUUGACAAGUCCUGUCAUACUUGAUAUGCAUCGAUAGUGUAACUCUUUUGCUGAUCUUGACGCUCAAAUUAUUUUCAGGUUUAACAAACUCCGCAUCGAUCCUACAUCGGGUCUUAUACACAGAAAUGAUUACCAGUUCGCCAAGACCGAGGGUAACCCAGUCAGGUUUGGCCGCGCGGGAGACUGCUUCUCAGCGGCCUCCAAAUGCCGCAAGGGUAAAUUCCAAAUUGAUUUGUCAGGCACGGGAAUGCGCAUGCGUAGGGAUGUAGAGUGGGAGGCCUGGGGUACGCCUAAGCUUCCAAAGCGGCUGCUUAAUGUUCAAAAGACCGACGAUGGGCUGUCUGUGGUUGGAGAGUGCGGUGGAUCGUGUGGAGGUUGCCAGCAUGCGCAAGAGAGAAUGUACGUGGAACCAGCUAAAUGCAUCGACCGGCAAAGCACUGGUAUGGCUUUUUCUAGUUUUUUUUUUUUACUACAGUUAAUUGUUAUUAUCACAUCCCAUAAAGCAGUUACAGUGUUCUUGGUGACAAACUACUACAAGGCUUUCAAAGUGGGAUUCGUAAUAGACUGCGCUACUGAGCGUAUUUUACGUGAACGGACGAAAUGUAAAGUACCGUGUUUAUAUAGCCUUGACACACAUACAAUCAAACGGCCAAAUGACCUGACUUGCUGCAGAUUGUCUGGUUUAAAACACAGACUCGCGGAAAACCCAAAAAACCUUUAGAAAUAACUCGCUGGAACCUUGUUCGACGGCGGUGCAGCUUUCGCGCGGUAGCAUCUCUUACUUUAAGAGUCACAAAAGGAAAAAAAAGCAGCCAAAAAAAAAAUAUAUAUUCCGCCAGCUCCGCUCAAGACUGGGUCGGUGUUGUGUCGAACUGCCUUAUGGGAAUGUUUUUGGGGGAGGAAUUUGGAACCAAUUUCCCUUCGCAGCUGUCAUAGCCAAUAAAGUAAAUAAUAGCGUCCCAAAACAGUCCAGUACACGUUUGACUGUAUUUUCUUUAUCUCUUUCAGAAGCCGUAGCUCGCCACUCUAUACCGAGGCAUCAUGCCUCAAAAUCCAAUGUAAACGGCGCGAAGAAAUCCUUCGUUAAGGUCCCUGAAAAGGUGCACAUUCGCUCCAAGAUUCCUUAUCCUCACAAGAAGACGUUCUUCAAAGCAGGCCCGGGCCUCGAAGAUAGCGAGAUGGAAGUCAUUGGUCAC